AUGGAAGGCGACGAGGCUCCGCUGCAACACCAGAGGUCUAUCGUGGCUCCUCUGAUCUUCUCCAUUGUCGUAUUAUUCCAGUUGGCCUCGAGAAGGUUGGAGCUCCUGAAGAGGAACGCAUCUAAGAGCGAGAAGGAAGUUCAACUGCGUGCAGAAAUAAAGCGACUCUACAAAGAGGCCAGCACCUUCUCGCAGCCAUCGACAUUUGCUCAAGCAGCCAAACUUAGGAGGUCCGCAGCUGCCAAAGAGAAGGAACUUGCAAACUAUCAAGAGUCACAGGGCAAGGAGGUGAAAAUGUCUUAUGAUUUGUACAUAAAGAUUUUGUUUCUCUUAAAGGUUAUUACUUAUUCUCUUUUUGUUUGCUGGUAUUGGAAGGCUCCAGUUGCUGUCGUAUCUCAGCAACUUGUGCAGCCAUUUGGAAAGCUACUCUCCUGGAGUGCUGGUAGCCACUUAACUAACAAUGUUACGGUUGGGGUUAUACCUUGGUUGAUAUUAUCCACCAGGGUCAGUAAAUUCGUUGCUCGGAUCCUCAAGUAG